AUGUUGAAUCGGUUGUGUUCAGCAACAGACAAUCUUACCAUUGAGGAGGAUAAUGGUAUCCAAGCACUUCAAGAAAUUUGUGAUAUUAUGCGAAGCAGCGAUGUUUCUCCAUUUGAAGUGAUACACAGUGGCCUUGUGACUAAACUCCUUCAGUACCUCACUGCAAAUUCUGGCAUUGUUAUACGGGAUGAGCGAAUACGCAGAUUUCUUCAUGUCUUCCUCAAUUGCCCUAUUCAUUACCAAACAGCUCCCUGCAAUGAAGUACGCAGUAUCUUUGCUCUUCUCAUGGAACUUCUGUUACUAAAAGAUCCUUUGCAGUUAAAAAGAUUGAAAUGGGCCGUCAUUGAUGGCCAUGUCAAUGAAAAAGGCAAAAAAUUUGAAGGUCUGCUCAGCACAAUACGAAGUUUCCAUUUGUCUGACAGUUCUCGUUCCUAUCAGUGCAUCAAAUUCUUGGUGCAAUUGUGCAAUCGAUGCAGUUUGGUGAAAGACCAAUUGAUGAAGACAUCUUCAAAAUGGCAAUGGGCAGUGAAAUGGUUGGAAAAAAAGAUGAGUGAUUACUGGGCUCCUUCAAGUACAGUUCCUUUAUCAAAUGAAGAUUCCAACCAAAAAUCCUUUCAAAGAACUGUCAGUGCUCAGGUUAGUGCUUCUUCUUUAUACAAAUCUUGA